GAACAGUGUCAAAUUGGACAAGUAUAAAUUCAACACAGUGAUCGUUGCAUUUAGCUCACGUGCGAAAUACGUACAUUCGGUUAUUACACAGUGCCAAACUAAUAGUAACAGCAACAAGUACGAAACACUGAAGGCCACUGUUAUCGGCCACCGGUUACGAGCCCUGCUCAACACAACACGUACUAUCAUCGCUGCUAUGCCGACCGCUACGCUGGAUGACCAGGCAAAAGCCGCUGACAAAAUCCUGGAAGCCCCACGUGAGCAGAUUGCAUCAGUUCAACAUCGCGAAGAAGGAGACACGUCCACGACCCGAGAGCAUCGAAUCGAUUUCUAAACGACACCGGAGCGGUCGUUUCUGUGAUACCAGCAACCGUAAAGGAGCGUAACUCACCAAAACAUUCACAUCAGCUUUUCGCCGCGAACGGUACUCCAAUCCAGCUCGCCCAUCAUAGGUGCCGAUUUCCUGAAACAUUAUGAUCUCCUUGUUGACCUCCGCAGAAGCAAGCUCAUUGAUAACACGACACGUUUAGAAAUCGACAAAAUUAAUGCAGUGAACGAACCUGCUAUUACAACCUUUGAUGUAAACUCGCCAUUUUCUGCAAUGCUUAACGAAUACAACGACAUCACUGUUUUAAAUAUGAAGCACAAGCCAACCCAGACGAACACCGUCCACCAAAUCAUCACCAACGGGCCACCCGUAUUUUGCCGACCUCGCCGAUUGCCUAUCGCCAUCGAAGAAGUGUGUAGACGAUCACAGGAUACGAAGUGUGUAGACGGCUACAGGACGCUGUUGGAGGUGCUAUAUUCGCGGUGCAACGAAUAAGUACUGUAUUCAUCACAUCCCUGGCGACAUCAAGUGAUGCACAGCAAGAUGCCUAGACAGUCGAGAGAAGCCACUCGCGCUAAAGCCAACAAUCGCGAGCGAAGGCGUAUGGGUAAAAUAAACACAACUUUGGAUUCACUACGAAAAAUACUCAAUUUAAGCUCCAACACCUCACAGACAGUUACAUUGGAUAAAGUGUUACAGACGCUGAAGGUAUUGUUGCCGCCAAGGGCUGGUUCUGAGACGGGGGAAAGCGAUGUUGAUGAACAAACUGUUUUCUACGAAGUUUUAACCCCACAAACUCCAAUGGAUCAGACAAAUGAAUCUGAGACAAUCGACCACCCAAGAAGAACAAUCCUGCACGGUGUGAUAUGCCGGAACCGAACAAACGAUGUGAACACCGUUCAAUCAAACACUGAUUCGCUUUCGCUGUUUGCUUGCAUGCCACAUGCUUCCCCUGAGCAAUAAAGGUUCUAAAUUUCCGAG